AUGUACCACUCAUCAAAAACCACCAAUGAAAAUCAUAUUUCGUAUCCAACUCCAUACCUUUGCUUGAGGGCAAGACUUUUGCACACUUUGAUAAGCAGCAAAGCAUUUUUUCUAAUCAUUCCGUUCUUAUUUGCUAACGCAGUAUCAUUAUUCUUGAAACUGAUUAUUCCGUUAACAACUAGUGUCAACUAUAACAACCAAAAUCGGCCAAAUGAAUUCCAGCAAGUGAUAUUGGAUGUCAUGAACAGUAAUGAUGUGGCAUUUCAUAAGGAUAUAAUUCAGAAUUCCCAAUCUUUCCAAAAUCAUAUUUUAUAUACGACAAAUGGAAUCACAACAAACCAAAUAGUUCUUAUAAACUCAUCCAUACAGUCGGCAAUGAUGAAUGUUAAUCCUAAUGAUUAUUCCAAACAUUUCAGCAGCUUGAGCAGCAAUAUACUGUAUUUGAUUGAAGACACUAAUAAUUCAAUAUCAGAUAAUUUGAGCUCCCAGAAUGAGUCAAUAGUAUCAUUAGCAAACUCUUUGAAGCAAAAUGUCUUGUCGGUGAAUUCAAAUUUAGAUUUCUCAGGUCUUGAGAUAAAUUAUUCUUGGGUUGGAGAAGUUUUCAAUAAGAUAACUAAAUCUAGCAAUGAAAAUAUCACGUCAUUAGAAUCCUUCAUUGAAAAUGAUACCAAUAUUACCAAACUCGAAUCUAUAAAUAAUCAAAGCAUGGAAGUAUAUGCCAAUAUCUCGGCAGUAUGUGACGAUCAUAUCAAGGCACUAAAUCAAUCAUUCCAACUUCUAUAUUCUACUUUCCAAGGAAUAAGAAACUUUCUGUUCGAAGGGAAAAAUUACACGAAUUCCAGCCAAUACAAAAGCUCUGCUGACAGUAUGGAAUCAAAUAUACAUUCGAUAUCAUUAAGACGCUCCAUAGUAUUUGCCAUUCUAAUGGGCUCCAUGGUGGUUCUUGAUAUCAUUUUUUCAUUUUUUCAAUUCCAGUUUGAACAAUAUUUUGCCAAAUCGGUUAAAAAAGAUGUCUCCUUCACCAGUAAUCAUCUUGCAAUCGUUCACCAUACCAUUAAUCCAUUGCUGAAUUUCGUUGCUGAAAAACUAAUUUUAAUUUUCCAGAAGUGGCAAUAUCAUAAAAAGAGAUAUUUCGACAUUGAGAACGAAGUGUAUGUUUACUGGCUUGUAAAUUGGAUCUUUGGUGCAGAAUCACAACUUUGCGAUUUAUUAAUGUGCGGUGCUUCAAUUUGGCUUUGCGAUUGGUGGGUACAAGAACUCUUUCCGAGGAAGUCUAUGGGAUUUAAUAAAACAUUUGAGACUAACCAAAAUUCUUUGAAUUCAGCGUUUAUAAGCUACCAAAACCAAACUACCCAAUUACUAGCAAACAAUUUCGAAGUGUAUUUUGAUAGUAUGUUGGGAUCGAUGAGCUCGCUUCUGGAGAAAUUUGACGCAAUCGUCACUAAGUACUACAAUGGGUCAAAUUUCGUAUCGAUUAAUGCUAGUAUUAGCAGCUCGAGCAUUGAAGAAUUGGUUCUAUACGUUAAGAAUCAAAAGGGGUUAGUAUCUAAUAGGUUGAAAUACCAUCAACAGUGGUCAAUGUCCCUUCUUCUGUCUAUUGACUCUAUGGAGCCCCUACAACUGAAUGACCUAAACUUUCAACUGCUAGAUAAUUGCUUUGAUUCUAUAGAAAAGAUGUUACAAUACGGUGUUAUAGUGAUAUUUGGGUUAUCGGUAGUAUACUUGGCCAUGGGGAUGGUAUACAUGGUGUAUUGUAUAUGUCUGGAUCACCAUCAUCUGCUUACCCAUAGAGCUCAUAAGCCGGAAGUCGACGAUAUAUAA